AUGGCGGAUCAGGAGUGGGCCGGAGUGACAGAGGCGGAUUUGGAGUGGGCCGGAGUGACAGAGGUGGAUUGGGAAUGGGCCAGAGUGACAGAGGUGGAUUGGGAGUGGGCUGGAGUAACAGGGGCGGUGCCACCCUGGGCGUUGAUAGCGAUCGCAAUUGUUGCCGUUGUUCUGAUUCUGACCUGCUGCUUCUGUGUCUGCAAGAAAUGUCUGUUGAAGAAAAAGAACAAGAAGAAGGGGAAAGAAAAGGGAGGAAAGAACGCUAUGAACAUGAAAGAUGUGAAGGAGCUUGGGAAGUCAGUGAAAGAACAGGCUCUGAAGGAUGAUGAUGAAGAUGUUGAGACAGGCCUCACUGCAGAAGGAAAGGAAGAAGAAAAGGAAGAGGAGAAACUUGGGAAGCUGCAGUUUUCUUUGGAUUAUGACUUCCAGAACAAUCAGCUCAUUGUGGGCAUUAUUCAAGCUGCUGAGCUCCCAGCUCUCGACAUGGGAGGAACAUCUGACCCAUACGUGAAAGUAUUCUUACUGCCCGACAAGAAGAAAAAGUACGAAACCAAAGUUCACCGAAAGACACUGAAUCCAGUUUUCAAUGAGUCCUUCAUCUUCAAGAUUCCAUACUCCGAGCUGGGAGGGAAAACCCUGGUGAUGGCUGUGUACGACUUUGACCGAUUCUCCAAACAUGAUGUCAUUGGAGAGGUGAAAGUGCCAAUGAACACUGUGGACUUUGGCCAUGUAACAGAGGAGUGGAGGGACCUGCAAGGGGCCGAGAAAGAGGAGCAGGAGAAGUUGGGCGACAUUUGCUUCUCUCUUCGCUAUGUCCCAACAGCUGGAAAAUUAACAGUCGUCAUUCUGGAAGCAAAGAACCUGAAGAAAAUGGAUGUGGGAGGUUUAUCAGGUAGCUGCCUGGGCAAAUAUUCUGCAACCCUGCCACUCACCCUGUGUGCUGAAACGAACAAAGCAUCAUGCUCCCAGAGUUCAGACACAUUCUGA